AGCUCGACCACGCUGACUGAUUCUUAGAGCACAGUCAGCAGCGUCUCCGAGCCCGCUGACCUGACACACUGCCCCCGGGGCUAACUUCACCAGCCGCCUCCGUUCAAUAUUCCCAGAGCUCCAGUCAUUGCUCAUCUCACACACACACACAUAUGAGCUCACCAUGACUUUCAGGAGGCUGAAGAAAGUCAACUCCAGCGGCCCGGACUCUGGAGCCGCAUCUCAGGACAACGGCAUUUAUUUUCCUUCGUCAAAGUCCGACAGCUGCCGGGGUGAGGACUUCCACAGAAACUCCUCCGAUGUGUACAACUACAGGACCCUGGCGUACUCUGGAGGGACGCUGCCCAGGAAUUACAAAAAGGGUGGUGACGUACAGAAGUGGAAACCCGUGACACAGUCACCAGAACCACACAGGAAACUGGUGGUCUUGGAAAAAAACGAAGAGGAGACGUUCGGGUUUGAGAUCCAGACCUACGGCCUCCACCACCAGGACCAGAACUCAGUGGAGAUGUGCACGUUUGUGUGUAAGGUCCACGGGGACAGUCCAGCCCAGCAGGCCGGCCUGAAAGUCGGGGACACAAUCGCAAGCGUGAACGAGAACUCCGUGGAUGGGUUUAGGCACAAGGACAUCGUUCAGCUCAUCAGGGCCUGUGGCAACACACUCAGGUUGGAGACGGUUUACAGCGACUCCAUCAGGAAGGCGGAGCUGGAGGCUCGGCUGCAGUAUUUGAAGCAAACUCUUCAUGAGAAAUGGGACGAGUACCGGUCACUGAUGGUCCAGGAGCAGAGGCUGGUUCACGGAAUAGUGAUGAGCGACGCAGCGGUGUACGAGUCCCUGGAGUCCGCAGGCGUGUACGGCAGCCUGGGCUCCCCCAGCCCCGCCGCCCAGAGGGCGCUCCGCGGCACCGGCAGCACCAGCAGCAGCGCUAGCUUCCUGAGCACGGCCACCGAGGACGACCCUCUGUACCAGACGUGUCUGUACCAGGGCGACGGCAGCGUGGACUCGGACAACGGCAGCACGGGCAAAAAGAAAGGACGACAGUUCUCACAGAGGCUGCAGCGCCUGCGGCCGGCCAGCGAGCUUUUCGCCACGACCAAAACGCAGCUGACCCGCAGCGCCAGCACGCGUAGCUACGUGCGCGGCUCGUCGUCGUCGUCGUCACCGGCCCAGGGCGAGAAGAAGGAACAUUUCAACUCCAUGCAGAGGAAACCCAAACCAAAGAGCUUCCGCAGACGAAUCCUGAAGUUCAUCCCUGGACUGAACCGACCGCUGGAGGAGGAGGAGAGCAAACUGUGACCUCCUGACCUUCACCGGGACGGACUGAAGCGCCGAUCCAAAGACUUGAGCCAAUGUCUGCGAGAACCACACCAAAGAACAGAAGAAGAAGAAAA